AUGGAGCCUGCCAAAGUGUCGCGAGACGAGGGCGACGUGAGCCCAAGAAACCAGUCACCCGCAGCCCUGGAACAUAUGAGCACUCUAACAAGCAGCAGUGGUAGCGGGCCACAGACCAGCACAAUCAGCAGGCCGACAACUAGUAAUUGGCCUUUCAUGCAUGGAGGAGUGCCCGAAGAUGCAGAAGAGACCGGCCUCGGUUCGCCUUCGUCACAGCAACCCUUGACAUCCAAUCGGGCCCGGCGCGCGACGUGGCAGCACGCGAAACGAGAAUCAACCGCCACUCUUCUGGAUUUCGUGCCGGACUACAUCAUCAACUACUUGCGCGGCGAGACGCCCGAGACCUUGGCGCGCAAGAGAGAAAAGCAGAACACGCCCGAUCCCGAGGAUGUUGCAGCCGCCUUGAAACAGCGCUUCGGACCUGAUGGCUUCUUCGACAAUGGCUCCACUGUGAGCCGGCUGGACUCCGUUGCUUCGCAUGACGACGUUGAGCAGAUGCUGGGCCACGAAGGAGGCUGGAGCGUGCGGUCAGCACGCGGCUUUUGGGCCUCCUUGGACGGUUGGAGGGGCGGCAUUGCCGUCCACGUCGCCAUCGCCGGUGUCAUUCUUCUCACGACGAUCAUCUUCUUCGUCAUUGCGAUGGCUUUGGAGCACGGCGGCAAGAGUCGCAUCUUUGAAGGAUCCUGCGAUGCAGCUCAGCACCUCAACUUUGGCUUGCACGUCGCCAUCAACUUCUUCAUUGUAGCCCUCCUGUUUGGCGCCAACUACACCUUUCAAGUGCUGAGCAGCCCGACUCGCGCUGAAGUCGAGCUCGCUCAUGCUGGGCAGAAGUGGCUCGACAUUGGCAUCCCGUCUUUGAGGAACUUCAAGUUCAUCUCAAAACGACGCGCCGCCUUGGCUGCCAUCCUCCUCGUGGCAGCCAUCUCUACCCAAGUAAUAUAUAAUGCAGUAAUCUUCACCACAAAAUUUGUACCGGCACAUAAUAUUCUCAUCGUCACCGAGUCCUUCUCAAAUGGCGCCACCUUCAGUGAUGCUGCGGACAGCAACGCCGUGGGCCUGCAGUGGCUGGAAAUUCAGGCUCUCCAAGAAUUGGCGUCGAACGGCCGCCUUACACGCCUCAACGUCGCAGACUGCCUCGAGCAAUUCAGCGGCCCGUACCAGACAGACUUCAGCGCAGUGCUGCUCGUCGCCGACAACGACUCGCAGAGGAGCUCCCUGCUUCAAACCGCGUUACCUUCAUCGCCCUUGACGGACCUUGUCAAUGCCCGGAACCCCGCGAGCGUCACGUUUGGUGCUGACAAGAUAACGUCUUGCCUGGCUAGACCAGCAGACGUGACAGCGACUGUCUGCGCUGUUGACACAAACGACGCUGUCCUUGGCGCCAUCAUCUUGCCAGUCUUUGUCAUCAUUGCCGCUUCAGUCGCGAUUCUGGCCAUUCAAUUUUUCUCUCCUCUCGUGACUCUCGGCGACGCCUUGGGCUCCUUCCUAACCCUCGAGGACAAGACGGUUCGGGGGGCCUGCUUGUUAACCAAAGCCGACGUCCAGCAGGGGCGCUGGGCAUCCAUCAUCCACCAGGCGCAAUACUACAUGCCCACAAACCACAUGUGGGCUCGUUCCGUAAGCCUCCGGCGCUGGGCCAUCUGGGCCGUGAUCUGGGCAGCGCUGGUUGCGUUCGUUAGUGCUUUAUUGGGCAUUGCCCUGCAGUCCGGCGAUGGCUUCGCCAAUCCCAUGUCUGGUCUGUUCUCAGAUGCGAAGGCCUCUCACUUUCUCGUCAACCCGAACACCGCACACGCUGCUCUCGCCAUCCUUUCAUCACUGCCCCAGCUCCUGCUUGCGUGCACGUACUUGUCGACCAACGCGCUGCUGUCGAUGUAUUACCUCUCUAAUGAGCUUUCUCUCUACGCUGUGCCGGGCGCGUCUCUGCCCCUGCGCGUCUCCUCUCGUCACCCUGUCGGUGCCCAGACUUCAUCUCUAUACCUCAGCCUGCCCCGCCCCAUCUCCUGGCUGCUCCUGGCACUAUGGGUGUGCCUCUCUCUGUUCCUCUCACAGUCCCUCCACCCCGUCGUCCUCUCCUUCCGCCCUACCACAAGUGGUGCUUCGAACCUUACCCCGGACCGCUUGAUCCUGGCACCUGACCCGACAUCCCUCGCCAUUGUACUUGUCCUUCUCCUCGUUGUGGCCGCUCUCGUGCUGAUCCUCGGCCUGCGGCGCGCGGACAGUAGGUCCACAACGGGGGAGGACGGCAAGCCGAUGGGCAACCCGCUUGUUCUGCGGGCUGGGAGCUGCUCGGCCGUGCUGGCGGCGCGGUGCAGGCGACUUGCGUCGGACCGGGAUGCCGCGGCGGGUAUGCUCGGAUGGGGCGUCAUCCGCGAGGGCAGGGGCGAAGGGGAUUUCGGGACGACGGGGUUCUCGUCUAUCGGUGUUUGGAGGGUUGAUCUGGAGAAGGGAUACGCUUGA